AUGAGUGGUUUUGACACAUUUCUUGAAGUGCCUUCUUUGGAAUUUAAGGAUGGCGAGGAUAUAGAGCCUAAGCAUUUGGUUCAGUUACAGCAUCAAUUGAAGAUUCAGCAGGAGGAGCUUCUUCAACAGCAACGUGAGUUACUUCUUCAACAGCAACAACGUGAUUUGCUCAUUCAGGAGCAGCAAGAACAGCAGCGGCAUCAGCAUUUACAAGCUUCGCACACUGCGUUCUUGCCCAACUAUAACUGGGGCUUCACCCAAGGACUAGUCAUUGGUCAACUAAGCAUUAUAUUGAUUAUAGUUGUUUUCAUCAAAUUCUUUGUCUUUGCAGACUCUACGGCCUCCCUGUCGAAGACGAUAGCUGAGGAUGCUGCAGGCGUAAUAGUCAAAAGAGAUAAGAAACCUUUGCACAAGCGAGAUCGAUACCUGAGCCCCGGAAAGCUAUUGGAAUCAUCAACGGAAGAUGAAAGAUUACUUAACAAUAAGGCCAAAGUCUCUAGUAUUUUGGAGAAAACCUACUAUGAUGUAAAUAAUCACGCCUCGGAAUCCUUGGAUUGGUUUAACGUACUAAUUGCACAGACAAUAUCACAUUUGAGGACGGAAGCUCUACUAGCCGAUAACAUUUAUCACUCAUUAAAUAACUUUCUUGAUAACAGCGAAUUACCGGAAUUCCUAGAUAGGAUCACUCUCACUGAAAUUGAUGUUGGCGAUGAUUUUCCAAUUUUUUCGAAUUGCAGAAUAAAGCAUAGCAAUGAAGACACUGGAAGGCUAGAGGCGAAAAUCGACGUUGAUUUGUCGGACACAUUGACAUUGGGUGUAGAAACAAAAUUGUUGCUAAACCACCCAAGACCGUCAACCGCAGUUUUACCAGUUUCUUUAACUGUUUCUAUAGUUCGGUUUUCCGGGUGUUUAACCGUCUCUUUAAUCAACACUAAUGAUCAAGAAUUUAUGUUGGAUCAGAUAAAACACGAGUCCAUUCGUGGCGCAAUACCGAACGGAAAUGCAAACAAAGAACGAGGCGAUGAUGAUAAAAAUACUAUCGGUGCUGGUGCUGGUGGUGCUGGCACCGCGUUGAUGUUUUCAUUUUCUCCUGAUUAUAGAUUGGAAUUUGUUGUUAAAUCUUUAAUUGGGUCUAGAGCAAAGUUGCAAGAUGUACCAAAAAUAUCUUCGUUGGUUGAAAACAGAUUGAGGACCUGGUUUAUUGAAAGAUGCGUAGAACCAAGGUUUCAGGUGGUUAGAUUGCCUUCACUUUGGCCUAGAACAAAAAAUACCAGAGAGCCUUUAAAAACGAAAGAAGGAGAUGAAAAGUAA